GGAAAGUGAGCAGAGCAAGACAUGAGCGAGACAACUGAAAAGCUUCACUUCGUUGUGGUGCAUGUGUUCGGUCAUGGAGCCUGGUGCUGGUAUAAAAUCAGGAGUCUACUGGAAGCAUCAGGCUACAAGGUCAGCUGUAUUGACCUUAAAGGUUCGGGUAUGGAUCCAUCCGAUCCCAACACCAUCUUCAGUUUCCAAGACUAUAACAAACCCCUGAUUGACCUCCUCUCCAACUUACCUCACAACGAAAAGGUGAUACUGGUCGGACACAGUGCUGGAGGUAUGAGCUUAACCUAUGCCAUACACAGGUUUUCUAAGAAAAUUCGUAUGGCCAUUUAUGUCGCCGCUACUAUGCUCAAGCAUGGGUGUCAAAACCAUCUUUUGAAAAACAAAAAAUUUUAG